AGAAAAGUGUAGAGGCAGCGUUCAAUUUUCCGUCCAAGCAAACAAGCAAAGCCAACACUGUACGCAUUUGCGUAACGUUUCAUAGAAACCGAUUUAUAGAGAGAGAAACCAAUUUCUAGAGAGAGAAACACCCGCAGAUAUGUCGUCUUCCUUCGACGCCUUUAACGACGACUUGAACGUCAACUCUUCUUCCACUCACAACUUCGCCGCCUCUGACCAGGACGACACCUACUCCGGCUACGGCGGUUACUCAAAUUUCUCCGGUGGAUUCUCUGCCGACGGCGAUGUCACCGUCGAUCACGCCGCUGAGGCUUCUCCAGAGAUCUACGGAUUUGGUGAUCCGAAUCCUGGUUACUCUCCGUCUCCCUUCGAAUCUGUCAGCGUUGAGAACGGGAACGAUAACGGAAAUGGAUACGGUGACAGCGACGGUGUUUUUGUCUCCGACGGUCCGAUUCUUCCUCCACCUACUGAGAUGGAGCCGGAGGAAGGUUACGCUCUUCGGGAGUGGCGCCGUAAAAAUGCCAUCGAGCUAGAAGAGAAGGAGAAAAGGGAAAAAGAAAUGAGAUUGAAGAUUAUUGAGGAAGCGGAGGAGUAUAAGGUGGCUUUCUAUGAGAAAAGGAAGCUUAAUGUUGAGACUAACAAGGUUCAAAAUAGAGAAAAGGAGAAGUUAUUCUUGGCUAAUCAAGAGAAGUUUCACAAAGAGGCAGACAAAGCUUACUGGAAGACAAUUGCAGAGCUCAUUCCUCGUGAGGUUGCCAACAUUGAAAAGAAGAGAGGCAAAAAAGAUCAGGAGAAGAAGCCAUCAAUUAAUGUUAUCCAAGGCCCAAAGCCUGGCAAACCCACAGAUCUUUCCAGGAUGCGCCAAAUACUGUUAAAGCUGAAGCAUACACCACCACCUCACAUGAUUCCUCCACCACCUGCUCCUGCUAAAGAUGCCAAAGAUGGUAAGGAUGGAAAAGAAACAUCAUCUAAAGCAACCGGUUCUACAGCUGAAGGUGCAUCAGCAUCACAACCAAAGGAUGCCACCUCUAAUGGCCCUGCAGACGAACCCCAGAAAGAAGCCUCUGCAACCGAGGAGCAACCUGCUGCAUAGUUUUGCCUAUCGUACUCCAGUUUUCUUCUCCCAAUCUUUUGUCUGCUAUCCCUUUUUGCACCUGCGGUGUUUAAUGAAUCGUUUGGUCCUGUUAUUAGUUCCUAAUGCUUACUGGUUGCAUUUUAGUACCUACAUUAAGGUUUUUAAUGAGUUAAAUAUUUAUGGACAACAAUUAUGACAUGGUGAUUCAGUGUUCAUGGUUAUAAAUAGAUGCUUUUAGACAGUAUUUGUAUUGACUUUAUGAUCACAUGAUAUUGCUGAACUGUGCAGUGUCAAUUUUUAUGUAGAUGUACGCCCAAUCUUAGUCGUUGUGUACAAUACAAGUAAUCCACAUGUAUAGGCAUGUUUUAAUCGAUAUGAAUAAGGAGAGGGAAGCUGAUCUACGAA